UUGACAAAAAUAGGACUUACCUACGGGAAAUAAAAAGGGGAAAUAUUUACAUCAUUUCAUUUCUCCAAUAUUUUCCUGUAAUACAAGGUGCUAAAGCAAUUGCUCUCAAGUUACAAAAAUAAUUAUUGCACCACUAAAAUAACUGAUGAGCAGAAGCCCAGUGUAUUUUGCUGCAGUGUUUAAUUGUUUUUAUUACCUUAUGUUUUCUUGCAGUGAUAUUAUCAUAUAUCAACCUUAUGAACGCACCCAAAUUAAGAAGAGUGAUAUCCGUUCUGAAGAUCAAUUGCUUCCAAAACCUCCUAAUAUCACAAUGAACCAGAACCAGAUACACUUGACAUUUCCAGCCGAACAUCCCUAUACUUCCCACAUAAACAAAUAUGCAAUGUUUCCUAAAUUCACUUCACCAGAUGAUCCAUACACUGGUGUGCGAGGUGGAAAUCAACAGCCCAUUACUCCGAAUAUGCCGGCAAGACCUUACACUAUGACUGUGAAUAAAAAAAUUAGAGGAUCUGCAUACAGGCACGAAAUCCAGGAAAUCCCCUUUGCAUCUCAACAGAAGGGUUUACACUGGCCCGGGGAAUAUGGAUUUUAUCAUUAUCCAAAAUCAGCUCCAGGAUAUUCCCAAAUGUACUACCCCACACCACCAAAGGCUAUAGCUCCGAACAAUUUGUUGCGGCCAAUGGAAGUUACCGUGACUGAGAGAACAGCUAAUAUACUGAAAAACAUAGAAAAAGCACAAUGGCUAUCCACAUACAUGCGGGAUUAUACAGGCAAUGGAUCAAUGAAUCCUAUUGAAUUGGAUGAUUACCAUGAAAAAGUAAUUGCAGAAUUGGCAGGAAGAAGCAACUAUUUCGAAUCAGAACUAAGAGAACAGUCUCAUCCAACUUUUAUACCUAAUCCACCUUUGAGGCCCAAGAGGAAAAAAAUGACGAUAGCUAGUGAAACCAGUGCUCAGUGCGGCGGUUUCCCUCCUACUCCAGUAAAGAAGCCAGAGCCUAAGCCUAUUAUACAUUCACCAAAACCCAUGUAUGAUGAUAGCACAAAAUCACAGUGUAUUCAAACAAAGUUAUGUAUAGAUAAAGAAAAAGCAGGCUGCAACCCAAGUAUGUGCAUGAACGGAACAUCUCGACCAACCAGUAACUGCAUACAAUCAAAUCCCUUCUCUGAUAUCUGUAUGUUAAGGUACAAAGUCAACCAAGUGAGGGGAUGGGAAGAGCCCUGUGCAUUUUAUCAGCAUCAAAGAGAAAGGAUGAUGGAAGGAUGCACAACGCCAAAUAGGAACUUAGUACCAUUGAAUUCAGUUUGCAGAUCGUGCAACAUACAACAUUGGCCACACUGUGAUCAUCAAACAAUAGAAAAUAAAGUACCUUCUAUUGAUAUCAGUUAUGAGGAUUUACCACAAAGUAGGCUGCAAGAUUACACAGCCAAAGGCAAACCCUAUUUUCUGAACAAGCCACCUUCAUCAGAAGAAAUCCAGCGCACUAAAAUUAUAAUAAACAGACAAGCCAUGCAUGACAGUAAUGAAUACAACCCUGGUUCUGGUGAUAAUCAGCCAUUAACUGACUGUUAUCAUAUACAAGGAUACUCAGCAAUGGAAAAAGAAAGGAUUUUGAAUUGUGAUAGAUGUCAUCUUCUGACAUCACACCUCAAACAACCGUUCAGCAAAACAGAAGCACAUAAUCGUUACCUCAAAGCAAAUGAACAAAGAACAUUGGAUCCUCGAGACAAUGUUCAUUCAGGGAGGAAGCACACUUUUCAUGGCAUUAGCAGCUAUUACUUGUAGUAACUAAAUUGUUCACAUAAUAAGUCGACUCUUUGCAACAUUAAGCAUAACAAUGUUUUGUAUAGAGCACUUUUUAUCUGCAGUUUUCCUGCAUGGAUGGGAAUUUCAAAACAGACUACAUUUUAUAAAUGGGCAUCAAUUUCAUCACAUGAUACUAAGAAAUUUCCAAUAAACUGUAUGUCAGUAAUUUGACCAGCAAAUUAAACCAUUGUGAAACUAUUUUCUUUUGGAUAUAAAGCACCAGACUUGUGCAACACUUUAUUGCUUUGUAUAUUUCAUCUGAAAAGGUAGUUCUAUCUUAAGUAUUUUCUUUUACUGUUAAGUGUAUAAAAUAAUGUAUAAUAUUAAAGUGUGUUCACCAAAUCUUAAUGGUUACAAAGCUUGAUAUCUGUGUACUUACUAUGCACUGGACACCGUACUUUGCAGUUUUGGGCUGCAAGUGAGAGGCAGAUUAGAAUUUUGUAUGAAUCUGCUCCCAGAUGUGACAACUGAAGUCCUGGUUCACUGACCUUCUUACUGAAUAGCCGGCA